CCCACCGGGCAUCCUGCGGGGGUCGGAAGCUCGUGCCAGCGCCCGCAUCCGCCGCAGGGGGGCGCUGCCGCCCUCGCAGGCCGCUGGCGCGCUGCUGGCGGUCCCCGCGGCAGGACGCGCCGCCUGCAAGAUGUCCGUGCGCCGCGGAGAGCGGCCGGCGCGGCCCGGGACCCGCCUCUCCUGGCUGCUGUGCUGCAGCGCCCUGCUGUCCCCGGCCGCGGGCUACGUGAUCGUGAGCUCGGUGUCCUGGGCCGUCACCAAUGAGGUGGACGAGGAGCUGGACAGCGCCUCCACCGAGGAGGCACUGCCCGCGCUGCUGGAGGACUCGGGCAGCAUCUGGCAGCAGAGCUUCCCGGCCUCGGCGCACAAGGAGGACGCGCACCUGCCGCCCCCGGCGGGCGCCGCCCGCGCCAGACCGCCGCCCGCGCCGCCCGGGAUGUUCUCCUACCCGCGCGAGAGCGGCCCGAGGCUGCGCCCGGGCACCGCCCGCUUCCUGGCCCACGCCAGCGCCUGGGGCUGUCUGGCCACCGUGUCCGCCCACGAGAAGAUCCCAGGACUGCCAUUUGGGAACUGCCUGCCCAUCAGCGACGGCCCCUUGAACAACAGCACUGGGACUCCUUUCUUCUAUGUGACGCCCAAGGACCCCGUGGUGGCCGACCUGAUGAAGAACCCCAUGGCCUCCCUCCUGCUGCCGGAAUCGGAAGGAGAGUUCUGCAGAAAAAAUAUCGUUGACCCAGAAGAUCCCCGAUGUGCCCGGUUAACGCUCACUGGCCAGAUGAUCGCAGUGUCUCCAGAAGAAGUAGAAUUUGCCAAGCAAGCCAUGUUUUCAAGACACCCGGUUAUGAGGAAGUGGCCUCGGCAGUAUGAAUGGUUCUUUAUGAAGAUGAGGAUAGAACAUAUCUGGCUUCAGAAAUGGUAUGGAGGAGUAUCUGACAUUUCAAGGGAGGAAUAUUUCAAAGCAGUUCCAAGAAAGGCCUGAUGGACUAAGAAGAAUGUCCUCGGUGCUUGCGUAAAAUGAAAACCUUUUAAGUGAAGCUGCCAGCCAGCUACUGACUGCUGUCUCUUUGUUGAAGGGUUGAGGGCAGCCCUGUCAUCCUUAUAGCAGCACGAAAGAGGGUGACCAGGGAACCCUGCACUAGACCAGAAAUUCAAGUGGUCGUUUGCAAAUCCCCAGCUCAUCCAGGUACUUCACAUACAUAGUCUCUGUUGACGUUGUAUUCGGUCCAGACUCACCUAUUUGGGAAUCAUUGUUGGUUGUCAAAGUGAGAUGUUGAGACAGUUACUGUUCCAUUCUUUAAGACAAUAAAAAAUUAUGCUUGUAUGUACAAUGUGAUUGCUUUGUAUUGUGAGAGUAUUUUUGUUGCUUGCUGUGCCAAAGGCAGUGUCUUGGUUCUCAGCUCAUUGCAACCACAACGGAACUAAAUAUGCAUCCCACAGCCCCCAUGUGGUGUUUAGGGGGCGGGCAGAGGAUUGUUUGUCUGCGGAUUACUCAUCAUGCCACUGGAAUGCGCGUGCAUUAUUGUCACCUUUGCUGGAGUGUAUUGGUCACUUCUGAAGCUUUUUUCCCACUGUACCAUGACAAACAGCAUGAGGCCCCCCAGCAUUGUGCACAGCCCUGUUCUGUGUAGCAGGCCAUGGCAGUACCUUGAAGAGGAGAAACAGCUUCAGCAUCAAGCUCCCAGAUCCCACUGCUAACGCUUCUGACAGAGGGCUCCCUUCUCCUAGCCAUGAGGAGUGGCCCAAAGUAAGGUACACCUACUUCUGUGGUGUGUAGAGAGGAGAGGGGAGAGGGCAAGCCCGGGAAGGAAGCACAGGCAACAGAUAGGAGAAGGAAGGAAAGAAGUUAGUAACUGCGGUCGCACUCCCUGCCCAGCCUUGGGCCGGGCCCUUCACGGGAUCACCUCAUUUAAGCCGUACCACCAAGACACAUAUCAUCAUUGCUACUCACAGGCAGGAAAACUGAGGCUCAGAGAGGCUAAGUCAACGUCUGACUCCAGAACUCACUGCACACAAUGAGCAGAGUGGUGCCUGCAAGAUUUCUAGCUUUAAGAUCAAGACAAAGAGUUACUGAAAUGCACAGGUGGUCGUUGAACCAGGAACUUCAGGAAAGUGAUAACUAACCUGCCUGUGGAUGAUUUGCCACUGCUUCCUACCAAAACAAAAGAAGUCUCUGCGAUUGGAUUCUUACUACAGACUUAAAAUUUUCUACAGUUUUUAUGCAGGAGCUCCUCACGUUUGCAAGAAACUACAUUGUACCUGUGUACACACCAAGGCCUGCAAGGACCCAUGUGUACACAUAGCCCAGGCCUCUUAUAUUGAGUCUGUAGAGGAUCUGGUACUCAGUUUUUUGUCUUUUUAUAAAGGCUAUAAACUCUCUUUGGUGGGUUAGGUGUGUUGUAUAAGAUAAAAACACAACACUAUAUAUAGGAAACAUACAUUUUUAAAAUAAAUAAAAGCGUUAUUAAUGGUGUUAUUUUUGUUUAAAAAAUUAAGACAUGAAGGGAGUCUGAGUUGUCAAUAUAUUUUUUUAAGUGUCUGUUACUAAAAGCAUAGUAAGAUGCAUAGAAUUCCUUAUUUAUCAAAAGUCAGUUCUGAAAAGAGCUUCUAACAAUAGAAAUUUCUAAUACAUAAGAAUAAGGUAACUUUGAGGAUAUUUCAUAUUUUCAGAGUUUAAAAUUAUUGGUACCCCCAAUUUAGAGGUAAGAGGGGAAAAUUGGAAGAACAAACAGCAUACUCCAGAAGUCAAACUGAAACCUAAAUUCUGUGAGCAUCACUGCCUCCUGGUGCUGCCUUACGGACAAUGUUCCUGUGCUUGGUUUGCUUUUAUAAUCAGGUUCCACUUAGCUCAUUAAAGGUCACUCUGCUGCUUCAAGGGGCUUUGCAGUAUAGGUGCCAUUUGUAAACACCGAUGAAUGUUAUCAUCAUCAGUUAUUUAUCUAAAUUACAGGAAAUGAAAACUAAACAGGUUGGAUAUUAGAAGAGUAUUGAAAAUGCAUCUUUUUGAGAAUGAUGGGCCCCAUUCAGGCCAGUAAGUUUCAGCAAAUGUCUGGAAAUUUACAUUGAUUAAAAUUUUAAAGUCUGUACUGGAAGUUAUUGACAUGGCAAUAAGGCAAGAAAAAGAAAUAAAAUACAUAUGAUUGGAAAGAAAGAAAGAAAUGUAUCCCUAUUUACAAGUGACGUGAUUGUCUGCAUAGAAAAUUCCAAAGAAUAUAUUUUGAAAAAAAAGCUCCUAAAACUAGUAAGGGAGUUCAGCAAGGUCUCAGGAUACAGGAUCAGCACACAAAAUUUAAUCACAUUUCUGUAUAUUAAUAAUGAACAAAGUGGAAACCAAAAUUAAAAACACAAUACCAUUUAAAUCACUUCAAAGAAAUACUUAGGUAUAAAUUUAACAAAACAUACAGGAUCUAAAGGCUUAAAAUUAAAAGAUUCUAAUGAAAGAAAUCAAAGACCUACACAAACGAAGAGACAUAUCAUGUUCAUGAAUUGGAAGACACAAAAUAGUAAAGAUGUUAAUUCUCCCCAGAUUCAUCUAUAGGUUUAAUGCAAUUUCUAUCAAAAUCCCAGCAAGGUUUUUGUAGACAUAUUCAAGCUUAUUCUAAACGUUCCGAGGCAGAGGCCUUGGAACAGCUAAAGCAAUCUUGUAAAAGAAGAGCAAGUAGGAGAAAUCACUCUAUCCAAUAGAAAGAUUUAUUAUGCAGCUACGGUAAUCAAGACAGUGUGGUAUUGAUGGAGGCAUAGGCUCAUAGAUCAAUGGAAUAGCAUAGAGAAGCUAGAAAUAGAGCCAGGCAAACAUGCUCAACUGAUCUUUCAUAAAGGUACAAAAGCAAUUCAGGGGAAGCAGGAGAGACCUUUCAAUAAAUGUGCUGCAGGAAUUGGAUAGCCAUAGGCAAAUAAAAAGCACCUCAACCUAAACUUCAUACCUUGUACAAAAAUUAACUCCAAAUAGAUCAUAACCCUAAACAUAAAAUGUAAAACUAUAAAACAUUUUUUUAAAAAUAGAAAAUCUCUGGGACCCAAGGCUAAGCAAAGAGUUCUU